AUGCGGACAAGAAGUCCUUCCACCGGUAGAGGAAGGACUCCGAGGGAGGAGGAGGAGGACGAGCAGCUUGCUGAGGAGGUCAGCAUUAAUGAAGAGGACAAUCUAAACCUGGGACCUUCCAUCUCAGCUGAAACCAACAGGCGGGAUGAAGCUGAAGAGGCCAAGGCCAAGGUGCUGGCAGAGGAGCAGAACAGAAAGACAGACAGCAAAACUUCCUUUGCUAUCACCAACACGGCUGUUAACUCUGUCCAGCCCAACAGAUGGUCUCCUCCAAAUCGCAAGCGACCAGCCAAUGAAAGAGCAGGAGAUGAUUAUUAUUACAAGAAAUUCAAGAAGAUGAAGGCACUGGAAAUAAGACGGCCUCCUCUUCCUUUAGAACGGUCUGCUGCAAAUCGCAAACGCCCGCUCAGCGAAAAAACAGAAGAUGAUUAUGACAAACUCAAGAAGAUUUCUGAAGAGGCCAAGGCCAAGGUGCUGGCAGAGGAGGAGAACAAAAAGAAAGACAGGAAAACUUCCUUUGUUAUCACCAACACGGCUGUUAACUAUGUCCAGCCCAACAGAUGGUCUCCUCCAAAUCGCAAACGUCCAGCCAAUGAAAGAGCAGCAGAUGAUUAUUAUUACAAGAAAUUUAAGAACAUGAACGGACAGGAAACAAGACGGCCUCCUCUUCCUUUAGAACAAUCUGCUGCAAAUCGCAAACGCCCGCUCAGCGAAAAAACAACAGAUGAUUAUGACAAAUUCAAGAAGAUCUGUAGACGAUACGCAAACAUAAAAAACACCACCUCAACUGAAGAGGCCAAGGCCAAGGUGCUGGCAGAGGAGGAGAACAAAAAGAAAGACAGGAAAACUUCCUUUGUUCACACCAAUAUGGCUGUUAACUAUGUCCAGCCCAACAGAUGGUCUCCUCCAAAUCGCAAGCGACCAGCCAAUGAAAGAGCAGGAGAUGAUUAUUAUUACAAGAAAUUCAAGAAGAUGAAGGCACUGGAAAUAAGACGGCCUCCUCUUCCUUUAGAACGGUCUGCUGCAAAUCGCAAACGCCCGCUCAGCGAAAAAACAGAAGAUGAUUAUGACAAACUCAAGAAGAUUUGUAGACAAUACUGA